AUGGCAGACGAGCCAACACCGCCAAUCUAUGGACCGCCAAUGUCCCCAUCCAUCUUCGCCUCCAAAUGGCUCUCCAAGCACCGCAACCGCCUCAACAGCCACUUCGUUAAACCUCUUCGAGCAUCACCAACACCGCACCCAAUCUGGAUCUUCAAACUUUGCUACGACACCGUUGAGCACCUGAUCCACUUCUACCGCCAAGCCCAAUCGCUCUCCCUCAGCACGAGUGACUUUCCCGACGCCCCCGAACGAAUCGCACCGAUCAGCACGAACGCCCAUCUCUACUCCCCCGCAGACUUGCCAUCGAUGCAGACGAAUCCGUUCCUCGGCGCCAGUAUGCUGACAAUAACUGUGGAUGGUUUCAUUCAGAGGUUGCGGGUGGUGCAGGCUGGGGAGACGUUGGAUGGGUUGAAGUGGGAGGAGUUUCCUUUUGUCUGGAGGGGGAUGAUGGAGGAGGUUUUUGGGGUUGUCGAGCAUGCAGAGAGGAGUGGAUGGUGGAGUGUGUCGGAGGAGUAUAGGACGGAUGUCGCGAAGCAGUUCAGCGAGAAGGAGGAAAGGGAUCGUGGUUUGCCCAUGGAUCUUCCCAGCCUCGUCGAUCUCGAGCAUGCUAUCUUGGCUACCGAGCGGACUGUGCCACCUCUUCAACAUACUUCCUCUCCAACUCCUCCCGAAACGAAUCCGGCAAAUUCCACCAUCCCUCCGCUCUUCCCCUCUCCACUCUCACAAAAACCUCAUUCAAACCCUGCCUCCACCGCAGCGAAACCUCCACGAACGAAUUCCCGUUGCACAUCGCUUACGCCGCUUCUGCCGAUUGUCGUGCUACGCGCCGCUGCGGUCGCACCUCGUCGUUCGAUUGGCGCGGCCGAAGUGCGGAGUAGUCCUGGUACUGCAGGCCGAGCUCUCGGGUUUGGAGCGAGAAUUGAUAGAUGUGUUCGACUCCUUCCGUGCAGAAGACGCACGUCCAAGAUGGAUCUUCUCCAUGGUCAGAUCGAAGUAUUCGUUGCUGGCCGUUAUCAACAGGGUACGUACGGGCCCGUAGAACGCCUUGGGGGCUUCGGCAUGCUUUUCUUCCAUGUCUGGACAGGCUCGGCCUUCUUGUAUAUUCCUGAGCCCGCUGACGCUCUCCACGAACAGCCAAUGUCGCCGGCGAUCUUUUCGAGCAAGUGGCUAAGCAAAUUCCAACAACUCAUCGCCCAGAGGAACAUUCGAUCAAAGCCAAACCUCCCCAGCCUCGGAUCUCACCUCAUGUACGCCAUGUGCAUUGAAGGCUUCAAGCACAUCACCGAGUUCCACAGGGAUGCCAUCAAGCUUGACCUGGAGCCUCUCGACUUUGCCACUCCGCCACCCAUGUCGAAAGACUACAAGGAUUCGAACCUCAACAACCCCUUCUUCUCCGCGGCGGACAUGCAUUCCAUGAAGUAUAACCCUUUCCGCGCAGCUAUGACGGUGUUGAUGUUGGUGGACACCUUCACGGCGAGGCUUAAGGCUGUCAAUUAUGGCGGCAAGCUCUUUGGAAUGCCAUGGCAGUCGUUUCCUCUGGAGUGGCGACAGAAUUUGAACGAGGUGUUUGAGUCUGUUGACAAGGCCAGGGAGGCGGGCUGGCGGGGUGUCUCUGAGAAGGAUCACGAUGCGUUGUUUGUCUUACGCCACGAAAGAUAUACGAUCGCAGCGAUGGAUAGAGAGCAAGGCAUCACCAUCAAACCGGUAUUUGGACCACCUAUGUCGCCCACCAUCUUCCAAAAGAAGUGGCUCUCGAAAUUCCGCACCCUCAUCUCCGAAGCAGCUGGCCAUACCAAGUUCAUCACCUUCCAUCCCCUCGAAUCCUACGACCUCCUUUCGAAGCAAUACACUCACCUGAAGCACUUCGACACCCAAGCCGCCGCACUGUCUCUCCAGCAGGAGGAUUUCAGCGAAGAGCCAACGAAGGGCAUCGAGCCAAUCCUCGGCAUCGCCAACCCCUUCACUAUUGCGAUAAGAAUGUUGAUGGGCGUUAAUUGGUACCUCAAGAAGUUUGAGGAGAUGAGGGGCGGAGACAGGAUCAGCGGGUUCGUGUGGCACGAUAUACCUCUUGCUGUGAGGCAGCGGGUUACUGACCUCCUUUUGAUGCGUGCGAGGGCGCUGGAGGAUGGGAGUUGGCCGAUUACGGAGGAGAUAAGGGAGAAGGGCGCGAAGCUUUUGGAGAAGAAGCGUGUUUACUAG